CGACCGGACGAUAUGGAGAUCAGCAUUCCCAAAUUAGUAAUCAAAGUGAAAUUCACCGCCCCCUCCGAGAAACAAGAUGGCGUGGCGGCCGAAACACUGGACGUGGACGCCAUAGCUAUGGUAGGCACCUUAGAGGAGCUGCUAUUGGAGGACGCCAACGCCACUGAGGCUCUAUUCGUAUACACACGAUGUUUUGUGGGUUAA